AUGAUCCAGACUGUGCACUAUGAAGCGUGCAACCUCUGCUCUCAAUGCUCCAAGCAGUCCUCGCUUCCAGUAGCUUCUGUGACCCCAACGUUCCCAGCAGGCCCCGCUGCAACCAACGUCAGGACAGCAGGCGGCGGCGGCGGUGGCGCCAUUUUCGCCAGCGUCGGUAACGAGGUAACGACUGCGCGGUCUCUGCUGCUGUUGAGGGCCUCACUGCGCGUUGCUUCAGCCAUGUCUGCUACCGGUGAGCAAGACCCGGCUCCAGGAGGACAGAGCCAAGCUGAUGAAGAAGCAAGCCCGGACCCGAAGCCCCUCCUUGAUGACAUGGUGCCCGUGGAAUGGUUGGUUGUGAUGAUGGGAGCAAUGGUACUUCUAGCUUUUCGUACGAUUGUCCGAAACUUUGAGGAAAAGGCGAAUGAGCAAGAGGUGCCCCAACCCACCUUCGACUGGGACCAGGAUGAACAACUGGUAAAUGCGAAGGAUGAAGAGGAAAAGGAAGGCGAGGAAGAAGACCGUGAGGAGCGGGGAGAAGCAGCAGAACGUAAGUUACAGGAUGCUGAAACUGUGUUUAAAUUGAAAUCUUCCUCCCAUGACAUCAUGGCCCCCAAAUCUCUGUCAUUACUUGCUAAACAAGCAUUGUUUCAUUACUAUCAAUCUUUUGAUGAAGAGAUACAAGGUGAAUGCAAGGAGGAAGAAGAAAAAGAGAACAAAAAUGAAGAACCUGAAGGAUACCAAAAGUAACACGUCAACAUCUCUUAGGAAUCCAGUUGGAAAGCAUAGAAAGAAAUGGAUGGAAAGAGGAAAAAGUGAAUUUGUAUCUCAUGAGUUGUGUACUUUUCAGUAUCCCGGGAACCUGGUUUUGUUUCAAAGUUAAUAACAUAGAAGUGACUUCACCUGACAUCUGAAGUUACAUUGUCUUCUUAAAGAAAUA